GCACACAGUAACAACUCAGCGCUCAAGUGAAAUCCAGGUCCUUUUAAUUGAAAUGGUGAUUUACAAUUCCUGUCCUAUAGCUCAGUGUCCUCCGUGACAUGGAUUAUCUGGUCACCCUGUCUGUACACAAAGCUCGAAAAUACUGCCGUAGAAACGAGUUACACCACUGCUUUCCUUUGCGUUUUAUACGAGUUUAAAUAUUAUGUAACCGAUGCAAACGACGUUGUUCUUACAUUUGAAUCGUAAAUUGACGUGUGAACUCGUGACAUUUUAGUGGGGCGCUAUAUUGAAAUCGAUUGAAUCGGAAUAUUUGGGUAUCUAUACGAUAUGUGUAUUAAAAUAAAGGACAUAUGCAGAGCUGAAGCGUUUGAAAUGUCGUCAGGUUAUGGAAAGGAAAGGGGGCGGUGAGCUUGUAGUUACCCGGCCCAGCUGCGCGAUGACGCGGGGAGGAGGAGGAGGAGGAAGACGGUGCCUCGCAACGAGCUGUGAGCCGACUGGGCAACUGCAGAAGAGGGUCGUCCGGAGCCGCAGAAAGCGAUCGGAGACCCCGGGGGGAAUCCGGAGAUGAGUCAGAAAUCGAAGCGCAGGGGGAUCCAUGUGGAUCAGUCGGAGCUGCUGUGUAAGAAAGGAUGCGGUUACUAUGGCAACGCCGCCUGGAAGGGCUACUGCUCCAAAUGCUGGAGAGAGGACUACCAACAUGGCCGGCAGAAUCAGAUCCAGGAGGACCGCGAGCUGGCAGAGAGGUUACAGAAGGAAGAGGAUGCCGCCGCAUACAGUGUGCAGCGGCCGACACCCAAGCCGCCGUCUCUAGCGCACUUCUCGAAGUUUGAGGAGAAAAAGACCAAUGAGAAGGCGCGCAAAGUGAACACUGUGAAGAAGUUCUUCAGCCCAUCGUCUCGCGCUUCAACCAAAAAAGGGAGCCCAGAGGCCAGGACCUCGAGUCCCUCUCUUACCCGGAAGGUCAGCAUUGACACUGAUCGUGUGUCGACGGAGUUUGUGGACUUCCUGAAGAAGCUCCCGAGACUGGGCCUGGAAAUCUACAAGAAGAGCAAGAAGUUCACUGACAGCAUGGCCAGUAAAGAGGACCUGGGUGCAGAUGAGUCCUCCGAGUGCGUCCAGGAUUUCUACCAGAGCCUCUCAGAUCGCCUGCUUACUCACUUAAAAGGGUCCACCGAGCGUGUGGAGCUGGUCAUGGACCGUGUGGAGAGGUACAUAAUGACUCGUCUCUAUAAGAACGUCUUCUGCCCUGAAACCUCAGAUGAUGAGAAGAGAGACUUGGCCAUACAGACGAGGAUCAGGGCCCUUCAUUGGGUUACCGUACACAUGCUCGGCGUCCCUGUGGACGAGGAGAUCCCCAGGGUCUCGGAAGACAUGCUCCAGGCCAUCACAGAGAUCAUCCAGGUGGAUUCCAUGCGAGUGCCCCGUGACAAGCUGGGAUGCAUCACCCGCUGCAGCACCCACAUCUUCAGCGCCAUCAAGAUCAGCAAGCAGGAACCUGCAUCAGCCGACGACUUCCUGACCGCCCUCAUCUACGUGGUGCUGAAGGCCAACCCACCUCGCCUGCAGUCCAACAUCCAGUACAUCACCCGCUUCUGCAACCCCAGCCGGCUCAUGAGUGGAGAAGACGGUUACUACUUUACCAACCUGUGCUGUGCGCUGGCCUUCAUCGAGAAGCUGGAUGCACAGUCUCUGAACCUGAGCCCAGCCGAGUUUGAGCGCUACAUGUCCGGCCAGGCGUGCCAGCCGGUGCCGGUCUCCGACAGCCUGGAGCUGCUGCUGGGGCUCGGGGCGCGGCAGGAGCGCGUACUGGAGGGCGCCCAGCAGCUGGAGAGAGACCUCAUUGACUGGCAGCGAGACGUGGAGCGCGAGGUCAGACAGGCUCUGGAGAAGCACCCUCCACAGGACCGGCAGUGCACCUCCGCCAUUGACUCGGAAAACCUGGGCCAAGAUUACCUGCCGCCUCCGCUGCAGCCUCAGGUCCUCACUGACUGACCCCCCCCCCCACCACCGCACCCCGCCACCCAUCUGACCCCACCAUCCCCUUCCGAACAUACCAGCUGACUGAGUAUCACUCUUUCCUUUCAGGAAAAGGCAUGUAAAUAUGUUUACAUUUAGGGAACUACUUAGUUGAUUGAUUGCAAGGAAAUUACCUAUUUUGCAAAUCAUCUUCAUCUUAUUUAUAAUACCCGUACACAUAUU